GAAGAUUUAGUUUCAUGUAGUGAUUGUGGUAGAUCUGGUCAUCCAUCUUGUUUACAGUUUACUGAUAAUAUGAUAGUAUCAGUAAAGAAAUAUCCAUGGCAGUGUAUAGAAUGUAAAUCAUGCGGAUUGUGUGGUACUUCAGAUAAUGAUGAUCAGUUAUUAUUUUGUGAUGAUUGUGAUAGAGGCUAUCAUAUGUAUUGUUUAAAUCCACCAUUACAAGAACCGCCUGAAGGUUAG